AUGAAUGCUUGGGUGAAGACUGUGCCUGAGCUACAUGGUAUGCUUAAAACGACCGAGAUGAACAUUCCACAUAAAACCAACCAAGUUCUGAUGGUCAAGUCUGGUGGUGUUAAGAAGCCCAACAAUAAGAAAAUGGCUCAUAACAGCAAAGGCAAGAAAAUGGCUGUUGUUGCUGCCAAAACUGCCACCAACAACAAGCAGGUUGCUAAACCACCCCCUCCUCAGGAGCGUCAGUGCUUUGAAUGCAACCAAAUAGGGCACUGGAAAAGGAACUGCCCAAAGUAUCUAGCCAAGCUGAAGGCGAACAAGGCCAAUAACAUUGGCACUUCUUCAGGUAUUCUCAUUUAUGUUAUUGAACUUUUUACUGUCUCCAGUAACACAUGGGUAUUUGAUGCCGGGUGA